GAAGCAACUAUGAUCAGCCAUAUGAAUCUGUUUGGAGGGGUCUAUGAUUCUUACUCCACCAUAGCAGAUUCUGUGUUACAUGUGCAGCUACUUCAGUCUGUUCUUCCAUGCCUGCCAAACUGUCCCCAGAGAGUGGAGCCCUUGCUUAAAAUGCCGAGACCGAUGGGUUGGUGGAAGCACAUGGAUGCUAAACCUGAUUCAAAUUUAUGAGGAUUGUUGUCCUGUUGCUAACUACAAACUGUUCAAUCCGUCCGUCCCUCCAAAAAAAUAAAAUCCACGUGCCAUUCACAGAUAUGAGCAGCGAGAACGAAGAAGCUCUCUAUUUGGCUCGCUCAACCUUUCUUACCAGCUAUUGGCUUUUAAUUAAAACUAUAAAGGUCUCUGUUAUCCAACGGAAAUUACAACACUUUCUUGUAUAUAUAACACCGCUGUCUUUUUGGCCUUUGUACUGAAGCCUCUAGAUCCCAACAAGUAAAACAGAGGCUAAACAGUAAUAGCAAAAUGUUCUUCUUUGAGCGGCUAGGGAAACUUUGAUAAACAAAGGAGGAUGAGGUUCAUAGACUAGAGGAGAGUUGAAGGUUAGGAAGAGAAACAAGAGGGGAAGAGAGAAAAUGGGUGCGCAAAGUAACACUACUCCGAAAGCUUCACCUAGAGUUUCGACGAGGAAAAGAUCAACAACCCUUCAACACCUCUUUGAUCUUGAUUCCAAUGGCAACAAGAUUGCCAACAGCAAUGUUGGGAGCUCAUCAUCAUCUUCAUCAUCUUCUUUCAACUCAGAGCACGAAGAAGCUCUUUCUGCAGUGUCAUACUGCACUUUCGUUUUCGCCUUCACUGAAAAUGAAUGUCCUACACAACAGGAACUCAAGAGGCAAAAACUCUUGCAGCUCCUUUCCUUUGUGAAGACCAAUAAAAAUUCAAUUCCUGUGCAAGUUCUGUCGUCUCUCAUUUCCAUGAUAUCAGCCAACUUGUUCAGGUCUCUCCCUCCUCCUUCCAAUCCCUCCAUCACUGCAGACUUUCCGGAUGAUGAAGACACCAUGUCAGCUUAUUCUCCGGUAUGGUCACAUCUUCAGUUGGUUUAUGACAUCCUCAUACGACUAGUGAUCAACAACGACCCCAAGGUACUUCGUCAGUACAUUGAUAACAAAUUUGUUAUCAAUCUCCUUGCUCUCUUCCAAUCCGAAGACCCUAGGGAACGCGACAGUUUGAAGAAUGUCUACCACCGGAUAUAUUCCAGAUUCACAUUCUAUCGCGCCUUCAUGAGGAAAUCCAUGAAUGAUGUGUUCUUGCACUAUGUGUUUGAGUCAGAGAGGCAUUGUGGGAUUAGAGAGUUGCUGGAGAUAUGGGGAAGCAUCAUUAAUGGCUUCACCAUGCCGCUUAAGGAAGAGCACAAGCUAUUCUUGAUGAGGGUACUUGUUCCUUUUCACAAGACAAAAGGAAUGCAGGCUUAUCAUAGGCAAUUGGCUUAUUGUGUGUCUCAGUUUGUUCAGAAGGAGCCGGUGCUCGGUGGGGUUGUUGUUAGAGGGAUUCUGAAGUAUUGGCCCGUGACUAAUUGCCAGAAGGAGGUUUUGCUGAUUGGGGAGCUUGAGGAACUCGUCGAGAAUAUUGAUCCUGAUCAGUAUAGGAAGCUAGCUGUGCCUUUAUGUAAUCAGAUUACAAGAUGCUUGAACAGUUGGAACUCACAGGUAGCGGAGCGAGCCCUUUAUGUUUGGAACAAUGAGCAUUUUGUGAAGAUGAUAUCAGUGGCAGUGGAGGAAGUGUUUCCAGUAGUAGUUGAAGGCAUGGAGAAGAACUUGAAGUGGCAUUGGAGCAAAAGCGUGCGACAAUUGACAGAAAACGUGAAAGUGAUGCUCGAAGAAAUGGACCCCAUUUUGUACUCGAAAUGCCUCCAGGAAAUCGAGCUCAGAGGAUCCAAGGCUCACCAAGCUGAGAUCAACAGGAAGAAGAAUUGGGACAGAAUAGAAAUGGCAGCAGCUCAGCACCAGUAUUUCCAACCACCACAUUUCAUAUGUGUCUAAUUAUCACUAAAACAAACGUCAAUGUACACCAGUCUGUGCUGGCAUUUGGUUUUGGUU